AUGCUUGGCCUCAUACCCGAUGAGACAGUCGAGUCACCGGUAUUGAAAUCAUUCGAUUUGCGUGGUGCUGUUGAAUAUAUGGCAAACUGUUCGAAUAUCAUCGUCAUGUCGGGUGCUGGAAUAUCGACAAGUGCUGGUAUUCCUGAUUUUCGUACGCCUGGCACUGGUCUCUAUUCUCGACUUGAAAAAUACAAUCUUCCAAAUCCAGAGGCAAUAUUUACAUUGGAUUUUUUUCGUGUAUGUGAUCGAAAACAGAAAUCGAAUGUUUAA